AUGUCGCGCGCAGGCUAUGCCGACUUCUUCCCCGCUGCCCCCUCGGUUUUGGCUGAGAAGAAGGCUCAGGCUGAACGGGAAAGAUCCCGCCAGAGAUCUCAUCGGGACUAUGAUCGGGACACCUCUAACGGCGCACUAUCUUCAAAUUCCCUGACCAAUACUACUUCAAAUUCAACAAACUUUUCCACCAUUACCUCAACCCAGACAGUAACGAAGACAGCUCUGCCGAGUCAUUUACUCCAAAGCAAUAAUCGCUCUUCCGCGAUCACGACACAAUCGCUCCCUGUGCUUCCUGCCCCAAAACAUAGUCUGCCACCGCGACCACAGGUAUCUCUUGUACAAUCAUACGCCUCCAAAGAGCCUCCUCCAUUACCGCCACCCCCCCCUGCACUCCCGACACCCAAAGGGACACCCCCCGCGAUUCCCGCGAUCAAGCAGGAUCCAACCAAGAGAAACUGGAGGCUCAAGUAUGAUCCAGCCCUUGAAGAGAAAGGUGUUCCGAAGAAGAGCAAAGAUACAAUAGUACGGUUCGACGGUGAAGGGGUCUCCGGUCCCAUCACAGACCCCCGACUAGCCAUUCCGGAUUACACAAAGGGUCCAAAGUUAGGCAAGAAGCGACUUCGUACAGGUCUCUACCGGACAUGGUGGAAGUGGGACGAGAAUUACAUCGGACCAGGUCCUCCGUCGCAAAUUUUAAUCUCGGGAUUGUCGGCGCUUACCACGGAGAAUGAAAUCUCGAUGCAUUUCCGGGCAUAUGGUGAAAUUUCGAAAAUUGCGGUCAAGGUUGAUCCGGCAACGGGUGGUUCGCUGGGGAUAUGUUCUAUUCUUUAUCGCGAUAAUGUUAGGACCAAGUCCCCGGCUCAUGAAGGUGCUAAAAAAGCGGUGGUCGGCGGUAAUGGAACAACGAUUGGAUUGCAAAAGAUUAGAGUGGAAUUGGAUAGGGAUGGUCUAAAAUUACAGAAACUAGCAGGAAGAAUUGUGGAAGAAAAUAGACGGAAAGAGCAAGAAGCUGCAAAGAAUCGACCAAAGCCACCGCCUAUGCCUAGGGAAGAUCACAUACGACCGUCAUACCGUGCGGAAUCCCCAUCGAGGGGUCGAGGUGCCUCGCCCAUUCGGAAAGAAAGUAGAGCUCUGGACCGAGACCGAGACCGCGACCGAGACCGGGAUCGGGAACGAGAUUCACGACUAGCAGAAACACAGAAAGAGAACUAUAGGGCAUUGGAUCAUGUUGGGCGAUGGCCUUAUAUCUUCAUUACCGCACGAUGUAUUCCCGGGGAUCAGCGAUAUGUGCGACAUCUGGAGGGCCGCCUAAAGAAUUUUGGAUUAAAAACCGUGCUCUGUGAUAGGACGGGAUUCUAUGUUGUCUUUUGGGAAAAAAGAGAUAUGGAAAAGUGUUUUCGGGUAUGCGAUGGGGACAGAUUGUUCUCCUACAAAAUGCUCAUGGAAAUGCAUCCUGGGGGAACUCGAACCCCUUCGCCUGUUCGCAACCCCCCCAAAAUAGUCGAGGUGAAAGUCGAUUAUUUGGCUGAGACUACUGAUGCUUUGAUGAAAGAGAUGAAAACUGCGCUCAUGAACGAUUUCAAAAAGAGAAUUGUCGCACCGACAAUCUACGACUCUCUGGAAUCAAGUAAGCUCCAUAAAAGACGUAGGGUUGAAGAGGCGGAAUCGAAAAUCUCCGCUGCAACAAAUGAAGUAGUUCCCCCAGGUAAUGCUUCGCGGGCGGUCAAUGAUUUUGCUACGCCGAUUCAAUCUAUAUUGUCUUCAAACUCAAUUGCCAAGACUUCCAUCAAAUCUAUGUCUACAAAUCCGGUAAAGGUCGCACUCCCGCGAUUCAAGAAGAGAGUCCUACCAAAGAAGGAGGAGGAGCGCCCAAAGACAAAUGGUUUUAAAAAGCCUACAAAAGCGGAUGCCCGUCCACUUGCGCAUCGUCUUAACCAAUAUGAUUCAGAAGGUGGCUCAGACGACGAGUCGACAGCCACAGGGGAUAGACCCAUAUCGCGUGGGUUGUCGACGGACAUCGGAGAUGAUGACUCUACGAGCAAUUCACCACUGGUAGAUCAUAUUGGGAAUCUAAAGAGAAAAAGAGGAAGUGUUGGGCCCACAUCAAAGCUGCGGGAUACUGCUGUAUCGUCAGAUGAAGAGGAGCCUACACCAGAGGAAGAGCGCAUGGAAACUAAGGACCAGAUUAUGUCUAAGAAACCUCGUCUAUCUGACAAUGAGAGGAGUCCGAUGGUUAGUGAAAGUGCUGAGGACGAUGCAGAAGGUGCUCCAUCAAAAUCCGCCAAGUCCAAUGAGAAUAAGAAGAGGAAAUGUGAUAUUGAUUUUACAUCAAGCGAGAGCGAAGGUGAAGAUGAGGGUAUCGUGGCGAAACCGGUGGAGCGCAACAGGAAAAGGAAGCAAGGACCACCUCCCUCUCGGAGACCUCCAGUUGAUGAUGAAGAUGAGAUUGUCAAUGUGACAGAUGACUAUGAUGAUAUUAAUGACUCAAUAGCUAUAAAGACAGCACUGAAAACAGGGAAGGAGCUAGGGGUAUCUGGGACUAAAUCCAAAACUGAUACUGUACCAGUUGAGGUUCCGGAGGCUCUACAAGUUGCCAGGCAACUCGCAGUGGAAGAUGAGGAUACAGAUGAAGAUGUGCCGAAGGAGGUGGUGGAUGUCUCUUGGGGGGUUUCGACUGCUGAAGGCCCCAUUCCGGCUGUGGAGGACGAUGAAGAUAUGGUGUUGGAUCUUGACGGCUGGCAGACUUUGGUGAAAGAUGAAGAGGACUUCAAAUUCCUAAAAAUUGCACUUGCCGAAGAGGAUGUCGAGCCGGCAGAUCUCGGCAACGUCGCUGCAUGGGCGUUCAAACAAAAGGAAAUGAAGGCGGCGAAUAGGGAGGGUAUGAGGGGAGCUACACGAGUUCAGGAAAGAAUUGAUGGGUUUUAUCGCCCCAAUCCAACCGGGUGUGCUCGCACAGAGGGAUGGCGCAAGAUCCCUGAAAGGGAAAAAUCAAUGUAUCUUCCCCACCGUCUGCAAGUCGCCGCCAAGCGUGCAGCAAUGAACCAGCCACCUUCUCCAUCUGCACCCACUACAAUCACCAAGGCGGCGGGCUCCACAUCCCGAUCCAAUCGUGUCAAUAAUCGUCGUCUCGUUGCAAAUCUUCAGAACCAGAAGCAAAUAUUCUCAUCCGAUGCGGACGUGAUGCGUUUCAACCAGCUCAAGAAGCGGAAGAAGCCUGUCAGGUUCGCAAGGUCGGCUAUUCAUAACUGGGGCUUGUACGCCAUGGAGAAUAUCGCAGCGAAUGACAUGAUCAUUGAAUAUGUUGGUGAGAUCGUCAGACAGCAGGUGGCAGACAUGAGAGAAAUAAAAUAUCUUAAGAGUGGGAUUGGAUCAUCUUACCUAUUCAGAAUCGACGAGAAUACAGUCAUUGAUGCCACAAAGAGGGGUGGUAUUGCAAGGUUUAUUAACCACAGUUGUACCCCGAAUUGUACGGCAAAGAUUAUUAAGGUGGAGGGGAGCAAGAGAAUCGUUAUUUAUGCGUUGAGGGACAUCAAAGAGAACGAGGAAUUGACAUAUGAUUAUAAGUUCGAGAGGGAAUUAGGAAGUGAUGAUAGGAUACCAUGUUUGUGUGGUUCGAGCGGUUGCAAGGGUUUCCUCAACUAA